ACACGAACAUUUUAGGGAAAAAAAAAGAAUAAUUCUCUUCUCCGGUGCUCGGUUUUUUUCUCUUAACAUUUACCGGCAGCGUUUCGUUCAACGCUCGAAGUCGUUUUGAGUCUCUCUCCCUCCCACUUUUCGCUGCAAUUCUGUGCAUAUCAGAUUUUCUCAGAACUACCCUUCGAUUUCUCUCGAAGCGAUGUUGCUCUUCUUUGCACCUCUGUGCUAAGUAACACUGUUAAAUUAGGUAACUCCACUCAGACGACGGAGAAAAUCUGAGUUCGAGAGUUUGAUUUCGAACUUUCCACUUGUUGGGGUUUGUGCAAGUUUUUAAUUUGAGACCGAACUAGGAAUUAGGCUCCUACCUUUAUGACUUCCCUUCACAUGAAUAUAGCUAAAAGAAAAAUGGAUGGAAUCUAGGUGCUUAUGGUCCUGAUAGUUUCGGAUGUGAGAUGGAUGUUGAAGGCGUGGCAAUAGAUCUUCUAUCAACAAGCGGUGGCAAUGUUGACGAGUCUUGUGACGCGAGCACGAGUGGAAACGCUACUGCUAGGAGCAGCACCUUAGAGCAUGUUGCCACCUUUGGCGAGCCGAGGAACGGCAUGGAGUUCGAGUCCAAGGAGGCUGCGUACUAUUUCUACAGAGAAUACGCUCGAUCGGUGGGGUUCGGCAUCACGAUAAAAGCCAGCCGUCGCUCCAAGAGAUCAGGGAAGUUCAUCGACGUCAAAAUAGCUUGUUCGAGAUUCGGAACCACCAAGCGCGAGACAACCGCGGUUAUAAAUCCCAGAUCAUGUCCCAAGACGGGUUGCAAAGCUGGUCUGCAUAUGAAGAGGAAAGAAGACGAGAGAUGGGUUGUGAACAGUUUCGUCAAAGAACAUAACCACGAGAUCUGUCCUGAUGAUUUUUACGCCGGCGUAAGGGGAAAGAAGAACAAGCCUGGUGGCGCAAAGAAAGGUCUUCAACUGGCUCUAGAAGAGGAAGAUAUUAAGCUAAUGCUCGAGCAUUUCGCGGACAUGCAGGAGAAGCAGCCUGGUUUCUUCUACGCGGUGGAUCUCGACGCUGAGAAGAAACGUUUUAGAAACGUGUUCUGGCUCGAUGUGAAGGGUAAGCAAGACUAUUGCAGUUUCUCUGAUGUUGUGCUCUUCGACGCGUUUUACGUUAGGAGCGGGGGGUGCAGAAUCCCUUUCGCUCCUUUCGUCGGGGUUAACCGUCACCGUCGGUAUGCGCUGCUUGGAUGUGCUUUGAUUGGAGAAGAGAGCGAGUCGACUUACACGUGGCUGUUUCGGACGUGGGUUAAAGCAGUGGGAGGAGGAGGUCGAGCUCCUGGAGUGAUGAUAACAGAUCAGGAUAGGGUUCUAAGCGACGUUGUUGCUCAAGUGUUACCGAGUGCUCGUCAUUGUUUCUGUUUGUGGGAUGUGGUUAGUAGAAUCCACGAGAUGGUGGAUCCUUUUGUGAGUCGAGAUGAUGGUUUCACGGAAUGUUUUAGGAACUGCGUGCACGGUUCUUGGACAGAUGAACAGUUCGAAAGGAGUUGGUCAGAGAUGAUUGGUAAGUUUGAGCUUAACGAGAACGAGUGGUUCAACUCGUUGUUUAACGAUCGGAGAAAGUGGGCGCCGCAUUAUUUUCGUGGAGUUUGUUUCGCUGGAUUGUCUGGACCUGAGAGAUCUGGAAGUAUCGUCUCUCAUUUCGACACGUAUAUGAACUCAGAAGCGGCUACAUUUAGUGACUUCUUUGAACGGUACGUGAAGUUUCUGCAGUAUCGUUAUGAUGUGGAGGCAAAGGAUGAUGAUAAUGAUUCUCAGAGCAAACAGCCUACGCUGAGGUCUUCUCUGGCUUUCGAGAAACAGCUUUCUUUGAUCUACACAGACGCUGCUUUUAAGAAGUUCCAAGCUGAGGUACUGGGAGUUGUUUCUUGUCAGCUUCAGAAAGAAAGAGAAGACGAGACGACAGCUGUAUUCCACGUCGAAGAUUUCGAAAAACGCCAAAACUUCUUCGUCGCUGUGAACAAAGAGCUGUUGGAUAUCUGCUGCUCUUGUUACUUAUUCGAGUACCAGGGGUUCCUCUGCAAGCAUGCGAUACUCGUACUUCAGAACUCUGAUGCUUCCUGCAUUCCGUCUCAGUAUAUAUUGAACCGGUGGUCAAAGAAGGGUGACAACAGAGAAGAGAAACACGGAGAACGUACCACUGUGCAUAACCGGAUGGCGCGUUUUGAUGAUCUCUGUAAGCGUUUUGUCAAGCUCGGAGAAGUUGGGUCUUUGUCAGAUGAAGCCUACAAGACUGCUUUACAGUUUCUGGAAAAAAACUUGGAGAAGUGUGUUAGUGUGAAUAGUUCUCCCAAGUUUCCUUCAGAGCCUGAAAGGUUAAUAACAAGUGAGUCUGUUGGCGUAGAGAAUGAAGGUACGUUGGACUGUUCAUCAAAACAGUCCAGGAAAAAGAAAACUCAGAAUAAAAGAAAGGCAUCUUGUGGGCCAGAGGAUGUGACGAACAGUUCAGAAGAACUCCGCCAAGAAACUGUUCAAGUUACCUCCAGUGCUCCUACCUUUGGGAACUGUUACAUUCCUCAAGCAGAUAUUGAAGGAACAGAACUAGGCUCACGUGCGGCAGCACCUCUUGGGAUGUAUUAUUCGAGUCAACAGACUAUUGGAUUCUCGUCGGUUUCUUCUGUCCAGGAUGGUUACUACGGACAUCCAGCGACCAUACAAGCAAUGGGAAACUUGCAUUCGGUUCAUGGACGGAUGAAUCAGUAUGAGACACAACCAGACAUCCAAGGAGCUUUUCAGGGACAGACAGGUUUCAGGGGAAGCGCUAUCCGUGGCUGCUACGACAUGGAAGAAACUCUUCACGACAUGACAAUGGAGUCUUCACAGUUUCAGGGAUCUGGUCCGAGCCAUCCGAGCGAUCACCGUUUGUCCCCCUAAUAAAAAACAAAAAGAGUUGCUUUUUUUUCAUUGGUAUAUACUUUCAUAUUCUGGAAAUGGCUUUGAGAUAACUGUUACUCUGAAUGUAGAAACAUAUGGAUAGAAAACAAUUCACACUUUCUUGUAGUUA